UUUAAUUCGAUUCCUCCUCUCUUUUUAUCUCUUUUCUUUGAGUCAAAAAGACGGUGAAGCCUCAAUGUCACACACACACACACACUCGGAAUUCCAUUUGAAAACGACAGUAAAUAGCAACACGAAAAUGGCUAAAUGGAUUUUAUGAGAAACCUCUACUUUUUUUAAUUCAGUUCUUUGUCCUUUUUCUCAUAAGUUUGGACAAAAUUUCUUGCCUUUUGAAUUCAACAUUAAACACUCAGUUUUCAGGUUGGUGAAGAUGCCAGAGAUACAGUUGGGUUCCCACACGAUAAGAUCUCAUGGAGCUCAAGUAGCAAGAGUCCACAUGCAUGAUUGGCUUAUUCUACUGCUGCUUGUGGUAAUAGAGAUCAUUUUAAAUAUAAUAGAACCAUUUCAUCGAUUUGUUGGAGAGGAGAUGAUGACAGAUCUGAAAUACCCAUUGCAAGACAAUACUAUUCCCUUCUGGGCUGUUCCGAUCAUUGCAAUAAUAUUGCCUUUCAUUGUCAUUAUUAUCUUCUACUUUAUUAGACACGAUGUCUACGAUUUGCACCAAGCUAUAUUGGGCCUCUUGUUUUCUGUACUUAUUACUGGUGUUAUUACUGAUGCAAUUAAAGAUGCUGUUGGUCGUCCCCGUCCAGACUUCUUUUGGCGUUGCUUUCCUGAUGGAAAAGGGGUGUUCCAUGCUGUCACGAGGAAUGUCCAUUGUACUGGAUUGAAGAGUGUCAUCAAAGAAGGACAUAAAAGUUUCCCUAGUGGACAUACUUCCUGGUCUUUUGCUGGUCUUGGCUUCCUAGCCUGGUACUUGUCUGGGAAAAUUAGAGUAUUUGACCGUAGGGGUCAUGUUUCAAAGCUCUGCAUUAUGUUCCUGCCGUUACUUGUUGCAGCAUUGGUCGGAGUUUCACGAGUUGAUGAUUAUUGGCACCAUUGGCAAGACGUUUUUGCUGGGGGUCUGUUAGGGAUGACAGUUGCUUCAUUUUGUUACUUGCAAUUCUUUCCACCACCGUAUGACGUAGAUGGUUGGGCACCCCAUUCAUAUUUAAAUGUGCUGGCAGACUCUCGAAAUGGCAACCAACCAUUGUCGAUCAAUGCGAAUGCUCUUACUGUUAGGCAGUUGGAAUUUGAGAGUGUAUAUCUAAGAUCUGCACCCUAUGUCAAUGCGCAAGACUCGAUCUCGAUCCUUGAAGACAUGGAAAGAGGGAGGAGAAAUUGAUAAUGCGGCUUGAUAAUGCUGUCCAAAUAGGUAACCACAGGAAUGCAUUAGAUCAAGAGUACUUUUGUUUGCAUAUGAAAGUACCUAACGUGAAAGAGUAACUUGGAUUAGUCAAACAAUCAUUUGCCACGACAUAUUUUUGUGUAUGCUGACUUUGAAGUUUAAUAUUCUUCUUGUUUCUUGUAAUGUUUUUACCACCUAAAUUAUAACUACACGGAGAAAGAGUUGACUAAACUGGUCGAAAUAUAAAAAAAUGCAGAUUUGGCUAA